AUGACAAAAAACAUAAAUGAAAUAAAAAUUAAAAACAAAAUAACAGAAAUAAAUGACAACAUAUUUAACUCGCCUCCCGAAUUUGCUAUUGCCCAUUGUGUAUCUGCAGAUCUUAGAAUGACCAAGUGUGUUGCGAAAGAUCUAUGUGAGAUCUAUGGUAACACUAGAUCGGAAUUAGCUAAUUAUAAACCAAAAACGGGAAACACCUUAGUAACACGUUGUGGGUCCAGAACCAUUUUUCACUUAGUUACAAGAGCAAAAUGUUAUACUAAACCCACUUAUAAUGAUAUUAUAACUGCGAUAAAAAACUUAAAAAGGGAGGCAAUUAAAUAUAACCAAACGGAAAUUGCAAUGCCAACGAUAGCCUCAAGACUAAAUGGUCAUGAUCCGAUGACCAUCAAACAAUUAACACAGUCAGAAUUUCAAAAUUCUAAUAUUAAAAUAUAUCUUUAUUACUACAAAAACAAUCAGAUUAUACGAAAUUCGGAAACACAAGAACCCAAUGCAACUGCAAUAGAUAGGUACAUUCCCGAUAAUAAUUUAUCACUUGAUAAAAACACAGAUAGUUUAGAUAUUAUUAACGCGCGUAAAAUAUUUUUGAAAUAUAAACCAGGUGAAAACGUACUCGCAGAUGGCAACUGCGGCUUAUAUGCGGUUUGUAAUGCCAUAAAUGAUAAUAAAAUGGAAAGAAUAACUUCAAUAUCCGAAAUAUUAGAAUUAAUAGGUCUAAACGAAUUGCCAGAUUAUUGGUGGUCGGACGAACAGCUAGCAUCUAUCGCCGCCCAUUAUGGGCAUGACACAUAUGUAUUCAAUGAUUCGAAUAAUACUGGCAUUGUCCACGGAAUAGGUAAUAAACCCCCGAUCGUACUAUAUAAUGUAAACUCAAAUACUCACUGGAUUCCCGGAACGAUUUCACGUUACAAUUCAAACAAAAUUCCAGAUAAAAUAAUUUAUAUAAAUAAUUUACCGUCUAUAGAUACAAUUAAAAAAAAAUUAAAUUUGGAACAAGUUAUUGACCAAGUAAAUUUAUAA